AUGGCGGCCAAACCCAAGCUCGACUACUUCUGUGGCCGGGGCAGGAUGGAGUCGAUCCGCUGGCUGCUGGCUGCAGCUGGUGUGGAGUUUGAAGAAGAAUUUCUUGAAACAAGAGAACAGUAUGAGAAGUUGCAGAAAGACGGACGCCUGCUUUUUGGCCAGCUGCCUCUGGUUGAAAUUGAUGGAAUGGUGCUGUCGCAGACGAGAGCCAUCCUCAGCUACCUUGCUGCCAAGUACAACCUGCAUGGGAAGGACCUGAAGGAGACAGUCAGGAUCAACAUGUAUGCUGAUGGUACCCUGGACCUUAUGACGAUGGCGGUGCUGGCUGCGUUCAAACCCCCCAAGGAAAGAGAGGAGGACUUUGCUUUAAUCAUGAAGAAAGCUAAAAGCCGGUACUUCCCGGCCUUUGAAAAGAUUUUGAAAGACCAUGGGGAGGGUUUUCUCGUUGGCAACAAAUUCAGCUGGGCAGACAUACAGCUCUUGGAAGCUAUUUUAAUGGUGGAAGAACUCAAUGCUUCUGUUCUUUCUGACUUCCCUCUGCUAAAGGCAUUUAAAACAAGAAUCAGCAACAUCCCUACAAUUAAGAAGUUCCUGCAGCCUGGGAGUCAGAGGAAGCCACCCCCAGAGAGCCACUAUGUUGAAGUUGUCAGGAACAUUUUGCAGCUCUAA